CUUUUAUGGCUGAUCGCCCUUCUCGCACACAUUCACUUCCUUGUGUUCAACCGCAAUUCUUGUGCAGCCAUAAUGGCCAAACAGAAAUCCAUCAAGCCCAAGACUGCGACUAGGACCUCCUUCAAGUAUCCGUUUCUCCAUAAAGCUGUAUCAAAUGCCGUGUCUAAUGAUCUUCCCUCGACGUGGUUCAACAAGAAUGGCAGCAAGGAAAGCCCCAACAACGAAUACUCAACCAACGUGAUGGGUAAAUUCAAAUGCGAUAACACGAGCUGUCCCAACAUCACAUGGACGAGCAAGAAGGUGGCAAUCGUGAUCAAAGGAUACCACGGAAACGGGUAUGACGCUGUUGUGUUCAACCAGCGCUGCAUGUCCUGCAAGGAGCUCGGCAGUUUUACUCUCGAUAAGCAAUCUUAUGUUGAACGAAUCGCAUACCGGCUUAAGAGGUGGGCGGGCGUAGAGAUGGAGCAGCCGUUCUACGCUGGAAAAGAAGGUCCCCCACAUCAGAUAGAUCUCUGUGAGGGUUGCAAGCGGGGUUACUGUCAGAGGCGAAAUGAUUUCGGGUUCUAACGUUACUUUGGCGGGUUGAGAAUGGGAAUCUUUUGAGGUUAGAUGGUAUUAAUUGAGUAUCCAGGGAAAUGAAGUUUCCGGGAUUGUUAAGCUCCUUGCCACUGGAUCAAUCGCAUUGCAGCCAAGUAGGUAAUUAAUGUAACCAGCUGUGCACGGCCGAAGCGUGUGAGAAACCAACUGACCGACUUGCCUGCAUUGUUGCGGUCGGGGAUGGCGAGAC